AUGAAGGUCAUCGGGAGGAAGAGCAUGCGCUGUGUAAUGGCCGCGCUGGGGCUGCUGGUACUCUCGAUAGGUCCCAUCUCGCCCAAGGGUUCCUUCGUGACUGCCGAGGCAGCAGAUGGCGCUGCCGCCGCCGCCGCCGAGAUUCCCCAAGAACCAAAGGUGGACGCCGACGAGGACGGAAUGGGGGGGGCGGAGGGAGAAGAGGAGCCGGCCAUCCCGGGGGCGACCGUCCAGGUGCUGACGGACGGCGACUUCGAGAGGAUUACGCAGGCGUCGACGGGGGCCACGACCGGCGACUGGUUCGUCGAAUUUUACGCGCCGUGGUGUGGACACUGCCGAAAGCUGGACGGCACGUGGACAGAGCUUGCGGAGAAGCUUGGGGGCGAAGUGAACGUGGGCAAGGUGGAUGCGACGGCGAACAGGGGGUUGGUGAAGCGGUUCGGCGUCAAGGGCUUCCCGACGCUUUUGUUCUUCUCGCAUGGGAACCUCCACAAGUUCGCUGGCCCUCGCAAGCUCGAUUCCUUCAUCGAAUUUGGAGGGUUCAAGAAGACGGACUCUGUGCCUGUGCCCGGUCCCCCUUCCCUGGCUGGUGGCUUGAAGGGACUCCUGACCAGCGUGCUCAAGGAUCUCGAAGGGGUAAAGGACGGAAAAAUGCCGUCUCAGAUGACGAUCAUGGUGCUGGUUGGGUCUCUUCUGCUUCUCCUGGUGCUCUUCGCCACCACCACGCUUUCCAAGCCCCCGCCUCAGGCCCCGUCGAAAAGAGCUAAGACAGACUAGCUUCACGUAGCCUUCGGGGAGAUGCUGCAACAGUCUUGGUAUGUACGACAGCACUGUAUUUAUGUGUGUGCCGCGACGUAGCGCAGGAAUGAAAGCCGGGAGAGUGGGUGGCCAUUUCGCAACGCAGAGCUCUGUUGACCGCGCAGAAAUAUUCGGGUAAGAUCCAGAGUUGAAGAUCCAGAGUUGCACCGCAGACCUAUAGCUGUGCACGGAGAGCCGCUGCAAUGUUGUACCUCCAUUCCACAGGAGUAAAGUUGUUUAGGCGGGCCUGAUUGGUAGCUCCUGCCGUCAGACGUAGACUUCGCGCGCUUGCUUGCGGUGUGCAUUGCGUUAUCGGAUGGUUUUUGUCGGCAGGUGCCCGGGGGACUUCACUGUUGCUAAUGUUUUUUCUCAAUGGAUUUGGUUGGGUGUUCCUCCUGACGGCGUUCAGUUAAUUUUCAGGCCGCAGUUAAUUCUGUGUGUUGUUCCCGGCAAGUGUUGUUGAGGGCAAGAUUCGGGAGUUACAGAUCAUCAUGCGAAGGUGACGGAGAAAUUUCUUGCGGAAUCGUUUCCGCUUUGGGAGAGACAUGCUUUGCAGAUUUUCUUACUCAAACGGUCGCUUGUUUUGCGCCGUCUCUACAGUAGUCCGACGUACGAUCCAGUCAGGUUAACACGGGCACUGCUAAAUAGUCCGUCCCUGGUUCGGUAGUCUUUCUAUCGGAAGGGCGUGUUUGAAGCUGCUUGUUUUGAUGCGCUAGGUGUGAUGUCUCGAUAGUACCGCCGAGAAGUUGAUGGUGGUUGCUUGAAAUACAUUCGUAUGCAUGCCCUCCCCGCUGCGUCGCGAUCUACCCCUUCUUUCGGUUGUGAGACGGACGAUUCUCUGGCCGCGCGCUAGCUUCGCCCAUAAGAGGGGGCAAAGCACGAAGCCGAGUGAAGUGUGUUCGAUGUUUUCGCCCUCUAACCGUGUCAAUCC